GGGAGGUGGAAGAAGGGAGGGACCCAAAGUUCAAGACAAUACGUUUCACCAUAACUGACUAAUAACUGUUUCAGCUGUGGACCCAGCCUGUGAAGAACAUCAGCGCACUGUUUAGCACUUUUUGGAAAAGGUGUUUCCUGUAUUUCGCCUUUUAAAUCUGACAGCUGACUACCUUUAAAUAAGACUCUAAAGCACCAUGGCUGUGGAGGGUGGAAUGAAAUGUGUGAAGUUCCUUCUUUUCUUCUUUAACUUUAUCUUCUGGCUAUGUGGCCUGGCUCUGAUUGUACUGGGAGUGUGGGUUCAGGUCAGUCUCCACAAAACCCCUGUGAUCCAGGGUGCCUCCGGUUCUGCAGCCCCUCUGGUUCUCAUCAUCGUGGGAGUGGUCAUCUUCUUCAUCGCCUUCUUCGGCUGCUGUGGAGCCUGGAAGGAGAACUACUGCAUGAUCACGAUGUUCGCCAUCUUGCUCUCUCUCAUCAUCAUCGUUGAAAUCGGAACAGCCAUUGCUGCUUACGUCUUCAGAGACAAGCUGACAGGCCUGGUGGAUGAUGGUCUCCGGGACAUGAUCAAGCAGUACAACAACGGCAGUAAGGAGUACCAGGAGGGUCUGGACAGAAUUCAGAAAGACUUGAAAUGCUGUGGAGCUGCGAACUCUUCCGACUGGGUGAACUUCAAACCAGAUCACACCUCUGUCCCGGACUCGUGCUGCAAAAACGUCACGGCUGACUGCGGUAAAGGAGCCAUGAAUGAUGAUAAAAAGAUCUAUGUGACGGGCUGUCAGCCUGCUCUGGAGAAGCUGCUGAAGGAGAACGUUCAGUGGGUUGCAGUAGCAGCUAUUGUCAUUGCCUUCAUAGAGAUCCUGGGGCUGGUGUUUGCCUGUUCACUGAUGAGGGGCAUCAGAAGUGGCUACGAGGUGAUGUGAUCACACUCCGGGAUUAAAACUGAAGAAAAUAGCAAAUCAGUUACUCAAGGCUUAAAGACUCUUAUUUUGUAAAUGCCUUUAUGUUGUUGUUUUCCUUUGUUUAGCUGAAGUAAAACUGUCUCACUGUAGACAGAAAAUGUGCCUAAUUUCAGAUUUAGCAGAUUGACAUCUAUAUUUUUAAUCGUAGACGCUGAGGAGAGAAAGGUAGAGGUGAAGUACUGUCACUGUUUUUCUGUUAUAAGUCUUGUGUAUUUGUACUUCAUUAGUAUCCUUUGUUAAAUGUGUUCUGUUCUUUUAGUGAGCUGAUUGUAAACUUUUAUACUUCUUUAAUUCAGAAUCCCAGAAUUCUUAUGAAGAAACAGCUGAAACGCCACAAUUUGUACUAUCAGCAUUAGAUUAAGUAGUAAGAUUUAAAAAGCUUAACAUAUUUUUGGAAAGAGAAAUAAAGUUUUAUGUUUUUUCUCUUAACAA